AGAGCGACGCAAGUUUAGCGGGGGAUUCAGUCCCUGUGUUCAGAGGAUCUGUUCGCGGGAAACACAACCAGCAGCAGCAACACGGGAAAAGACAAAUCGGCGAACUUCUGAGUAUUAUUUAAGAAAUAAUAAUUUCAGAUCGUGCUGUGCUGGAGUGUAGGGAUGUUGUUCCGCUCUAUUGUUGACAGAGGAGUGGGCAGACGGAGGCAGAAUGCCCUCCCUGCAGAUCCUCGGCCCAGGUAUCCUCUGAGCUCCCUACUGCAAGGCUACCAGUGUGUUCGACAUGAUGAGCACAUCUCCUAUGGUAACCUGGGUGACUCUGUGCCACCGUUUGGACUAGCUUUCUCCUCAGCCGGGAACCUACAGAACGUUCUUGCAGCUGCUAAUGAAGAAGGCAUUGUUAGGAUCUACAACACAGAAAACAGAGAAAACCCGCUCCUUAAAGAAUGGCUGGCUCAUGAGAAUGCUGUCUUUGACAUUGCUUGGGUACCGGGGGAGCCUCAGGUGGUGACGGCUGCAGGUGAUCAGAUGGCCAGGUUGUGGGAUGUAAAGUCAGGAGACAUGUUAGGCAGCUUCAAAGGCCACCUCUGCAGCCUCAAGUCCGUUGCAUUCUCACCUGAGGAGAAAGCUGUGUUCUGUACUGGAGCCAGAGAUGGAAAUAUUAUGGUCUGGGACACCAGGUGCAGCAAAAAAGAUGGUUUCUACAAACAAGUGAAACAGAUCAGUGGCGCUCACAACAAAGCAGAGACAAACCCCCCCUCUAAAACAAAGAGGAGACGGAGCUGCCCGCGUGGCAUGGCUCCCAGUGUGGAUACCCAGCAGAGUGUCACAGUGGUUCUGUUUAGGGAUCAGCAUACCCUCAUCUCUUCUGGGGCUGUUGAUGGAGUAAUCAAGAUGUGGGAUCUGAGGAAGAACUACACCGUGCACCGUCAGGAUCCUGUUCCGCUGCAGACGUACCCAUACCCGGGCUCUUGCAUGCGCAUGCGGCUGGGUUAUUCAGGGCUUGUUCUGGACUCCACAAGAUCCAAUGUCAUGUGUAACUGCACAGAUGAUAAUAUCUACACGUUCAACGUCAGUGGAGUAAAAACAACUCCAGUGGCAGUUUUCAGCGGCCACCAGAACUCCUCAUUCUAUGUUAAGUCCACUAUUAGUCCAGAUGACCAGUUCUUGGCCAGUGGCUCAAGUGACAAUCACACAUACAUCUGGAAGAUCUCAGAUCCUCAACAUCCUCCCAUGAUGCUUCAAGGCCACAGUGAGGAAGUGACAUCUGUUGCAUGGUGCCCAACAGAUUUCACUAAGAUUGCUUCCUGUUCGGAUGACCACACUGUACGGAUCUGGAGGCUUCACCGGGAAAUGGAUGGAGUCCAGUCUACAGUGGGAGAAGCCAACCUUGUAGGCUGGGCACGUCCUAAAUCUCCCACAAGGCCUUCAAUCAGAACUGAGACGACACCUGCAAAAACCCAGAGGACAGAGAGUCUCGGAGGCCUGUCCUCACCGCAGCUUGCGGUCUGCGCUCCCAGUGGAGCCGCCCUGCCUCUGCCCUCCAGCACCACCUCACCUGUCCAGUCUCAGGAAGCGAAGGCUGCCACUGUCCGCCAGAGAACGCCAUCCUCCAUCAAACAGUGGUUAUCUCCAAGCCACGGGUCUCCCAGUCAGGUCAGCCCUCCUCUCCGCAGGGUGCUGAGCCCGUGUCCCCAGAGCCCGACGAGCAGCGCCUCUCCCAUCGAACGGCGGGCCAAACGCAGGCUGGAGACCGGCAACAGCGUGCUGUCCACAGGCUGCGAGGGCGCCGGACAAUGCGACUGCGUUACUGAACUUUACCCCACGGCCAAGAGAAGCCGGGCCCUGUCCGGCAUCUGCUGCCCUGCUCAGGAGAGCCGGGUACAAACAGACUGUCACACAGACGACAAGCAAGCCUCACCUAGACAGAGUGGAAAGGAGAAUUACUCUCCCAGAAGAAUGGACUGGCUCUCUGUGAUGGGCCAAAAGAUGAGGAAAGGUCAAGGAAGCCCGCGUUCUCCCAGAAGUCCCAGUGCCUCUAAGAAACAAGAGGGCAAGACACCAGCUUCACCAACAAUCCGCUCGCCGCAAACCAUGAAGAAAAUCUCAACAUAUUUCACAAGACAGCCUCCGGAGUGACCCGCUUGAGCCAGUCAGAUGUUCUGUGCCUCUGUUUAAAAUGCAGUGUUUUUUAUUUUGGGUAUUUUUAAGCAGGUCCCACAGACAAAAAGCCUCUGAGAACACUGUUUACUGUCCAGGUUACAUCAGUGCAUGAACUUGGGUUGCACAGAGAUUGACGAAACGGUCAUUCUGAAAAUUUGAUGCUGCAGUUUUCACAUCAAGAGAGGAUUUUUUUUUUCUUUCUUUCUUUUUUUUAUUUUAAUUGGGUCAUAGGUUUUUGUAUUUGCCGCCUACACAAUGUUCUGCUGCUGUGCUGGUUUGCAUUUUGCAGAGUAAAUCUUUAAUUCUACUCAAACAUGACAACUUAAAACAGAUGCAUUACCGUUACAUACAGGAGCCCACGUUUAAUAUAAUUGGAGGAGGUUAACUAGAUGUUAAUCCUCAUAUGCAAAGGAAAAUAUUUGUCCACAGAUGUGGGCGUUUUAAAUUCUACUUUAAAAAAGAAGCAUCGUUUAUUUGCUCUACUACUUUGAGCCCUUUUAUGAACUUCAUCGUAAGCUGGUCACAGAUCAGCUAAGUUUGUAAGCAAACCAUUUAUAUCCUCAUGUCUUUGUGGGUGUAUUCAUGCAGUGUUACAAGUAUAAAAUUCUGUUAAAUGUGAUUUUUCUUGAGUAAAUGCUCAAGUUGUUUAUAUGUACAAAAUAACCAGUGACUUGCUUGGCUCAUUUGUAUUUAAUUAACACAAACCUGCUGUGGUCUGACUGUAUUAAAUUGAAAGUAGUUUUCAAAGC